AUGUUAUUAAUGACUCAUAGGAAUACUAUCGGUAGUUUUGAAGAUGAACCGGCUGUUUACAUUCCACCUCGAGGUCCAAAAGAAAAAGAAUUUAAUUUAUUAAUUGAGGUGAUAUCUGGUACUUUGGCUGGUAUGAUAUCAUGUUUUACAUUUUACCCAUUGGAAUGUCUUGAAGCAAAACUUCAAGUUAACGCCGGUAAGAAAAAAUCAUAUCAACCAAGAUCACCUGUAGACAUUGCUCGAUCGAUCAUUAAACAAGAAGGAAUACGUGGUCUAUAUCAAGGUGUUACACCGACAGUCAUUGGGAAUGCUGUUAAUUGGGGUGUUUACUUUUCAGUCUAUAGAUUCACCAAUCAUUGGUUAUCUACAGAGUCAUCAAUACAAUCACCUUUAAUAUGUCAUUCUUUAUCUGCAAUCAAUGCUGGUAUUAUAACAACAGCUGUUGUAAAUCCAUUUUGGGUAUUAAAAAUAAGAUUGGCAACCUCUAAAAAGUAUAAUGGAAUGACCGAUUGUUUUAAAUCUAUUCUAAAGAAUGAAGGAAUAUCUGGAUUUUGGAAAGGAGUAGGACCAUCUUUUAUGGGUGUAUCUGAAGGUUUAGUACAAUUUGUAACUUAUGAACAGAUAUUGGAAAGAAUUAGACAAAAUAACAAAGGAAAUAUAGGUGUUGCAGGAUAUUUAAUGUCGGGUGGAACUGCAAGAUUGGUAGCAGGAUUAGUAACUUACCCAUAUCUAUUGUUAAGAUCUUCAUUACAAUCAGAGAGUUGUCAAUAUACCUCUAUAAGUGAUGCAAUCACACAGAUAUACAAGAGCGAAGGUCUUAAAGGAUUCUACCGAGGUCUCGGGCCAAAUCUACUGAGAAGUGUACCACCUGCUGCAAUGAUGCUCUAUAUUGUCGAAUUCUUUAGAAAUUCACUAACCUCCAUUUUAUAUUGA